AUGACCAGACAUUAUAGGAAGAAAUCAUUUCUAAGUCAAGCACAACAUGAUAUUCGAGGGCAAGUAAGGGCUGCCAAACGAUUAGAGAAAUCAUUAUGUAUGUUUUUUGAUAUAGGGCAUACUCAAGGAGAAAUGACUGCUAAAAAUAUUAGGAAAACCACUAUAUAUGGGCAAGGAGAAAUGAUAAAUGGAAAUAGUUCUGCUAAAAAUAUCAGGGAGGCCACUAUAUAUAGGCAUGUUCAAGGAGAAAUGAUAAAUAGAAGUACUAGUUCACAAUCUUCAGGUCAUGAAAAUUUAAAUAGAAUUCAUGUCAAAGAUAAAUUUACGCCUGAAGUACAAAACCUAUUGGAGAAAAGAUAG